AUGACGGACAACGCGUCUCUUGCAGCGCAGCUGGCGCUCAUCAUGGAGCAUAUGAACAACUUCACGGUUGAAGUCAAGAACCUUGCCGCAGAAACCAGAGCUCUUAAAGAAGAAUCCCAAGCACUUAAAGAAGAAUCCAGGAGCCAAAAAACUUCUAUUGAUGCAUUGACUGCAGCUCAUGGACAACCUAGAAAACAAAACGUGGUCAAAUUCACAACUGCAGAUCUCUCCGAUGUGGAAAUAAUGCAUCAAACAAAGGGGCAAAAAGUGGUUACGUCUCCAGAAGCAGGAGCCACAAGUCACACGCCAGCCGUAUCUCAAUUGUUACACGGAGGAGAAGCUAAGAUAAGGGAAGAGCCAACUUCUCCAUUCUCUGGUGGACCAUGGCCCCAAGGGCCGGUGGGCAAGGAGCGAGGAACUCGUCACGCAGACGGUCGUGGUGACUGGAGACUGACACAAAUAGGAAACACCAUCUACGAUCAUCAACAAGCUUCUUCUCAUGGUGAUUUUCGGGUGACAGAAGAAAGAACAAGGAAAAAGGGUUAUGAUACUCAUCGUGAAAGGGGUCUCAGUCCAGAAAGUCGUGGUUUUUCUACUGCAAAGAUGGAGUUUCCACCUUAUGAUGCUACUGGCAAACUGAGUUGGGUGGAGUUCAAAAGGAUUUGCAAAAGCCGUUUUGGCAAAGCUGAUUCUGUUAAUCCAGUGGGCGAAUUAUCUAACCUUCGACAUACUGGAACCGUUAAUGAGUAUUGUAAACAGUUUGAGAUAUGUCUGGGAAGGCAAACACGACUCACAGGAGAGCAACAAUUGUGGCAGUUCUGUGCUGGUUUGACUGACAGUCUGAGAAAAGAAGUGCAGUACCUCAGACCCGAAACGAUCUUUGCCGCAAUGGAGUAUGCGCGUGACAACGAGUACAAGAUAGAUAACGACAAACGUACUCGUACAUUUGGGGGACAUCUGGCCCAACCAACAAAAACCUUUGGAGGAGGUUUUAACCGUGGACAGGACGCAAGACCUCGCAUUUCAGGGCAAAAACAGAAGCCAUCACUGGUUUGGAAAAAACUAACUGCUGCAGAGAUAGCAGAGCGAAAGGCUAAAGGGCUCUGUUUUAACUGUGAUGACUCUUAUACACCAGGUCAUACUUGCAAUCCAGUUCUGUUCCAUGUUCGGCUCGUUUCUGAAGGCGAAAAUCAAGACGACGAACCUUACGAAGAGGAGGAGCUCGAAAUCUCAUUGAAUGCAAUGAACGGGGAACAGAAUGAGAAGACUUUUCAGGUGAGAGCUGUUAUUUCUACUGGGGAAGGAUGGGUACUGCUGGAUACAGGAAGUACCCAUAAUUUUAUCAAGAGCAGUAUGGUGGAACGACUAGACCUUCAUAUGAUUAAAAGAUCAGGUCGCUUUGUAACGCUUCCAGAUGGGGGACGUUGCCCUAUCGAUGGGUUGUGUCCAGGCUUAGCAAUGAAUGUCCAAGGACAUCAAAUCACGGCUGAUUGCUUUGCCAUUCCAUCAAAUCACGGCUGA